AUGAGCCGAAGCAAAGCUUCUCCGACGCUCUCAUCUUUCAUAGACGAAAUCGGGCUCGGGACGCCGGCGAUGGCCUCCGCCGCGAUGAAGGUAAAAGAAGCAGGGAGGAGACCGCCGCUACCGUCGGAGCGUGUGCCGCCGCCGUCGAGGAAGGAGAAGGAGGUCGACUCGACGUUAGGGUUGGAGAGGAGAGGGGUCGUUUUGGUCUUUCGGGUGGGUUGGAGCGGGGUCGUUUUGGGUCUGGGGCAAGGGGUCGUUUUGGGGCUGGCCGGCUGGGGGAAGGGGUCGUUUUGGGUAGGGCUGCGUGGUCGUUUUGAGUCGGGGGGGGGGGUGGUAGGUUAG